UAGUACUCUGAAAAAGCAGCCAGUGCUCUUACCCAGGAGCGGUUUCUCCAGCCCUGGAAAAGAAGCUUAAGUGGUUGGUUUCCUGAAGGGCAUCUUGGAGACAAGACCAGGCUCUCAGGGUGUGGUCAGAAAGCCACAGCUAUUUGCUGGGGUGGACAGGGACUUCCUCUGCUCUUCCAUGUGGGAACAGGAGACUGGAGACACUCAGCGUGGCCUUUGAGGGGCAGAUGGAGAGCAGCUCCAGAGUUUCUUUCUUGGAGGCCCUAGGGGCGCUGCAGGGGCACAGGAGCGGUGAGUAGCAGGAGCCAGGUUGGCUUGUGUGUCUGCGGAGGAUGCAGGGAUUUCAAGAGGAGUCCUGGACCCCAACUCCCUCCUGGCCACCCCCCUGCAGAUGUCAGCUGCGCUGCAGGAGGGUGAACAUAUAGACGGGAACUGGAUGGCUUGGGGAGGGACUUCCUGCAGGUCCCACCCUCCCGUUGGUCAACGUCGCACUGGCUCCUUCGGGCCCCAUCUGAGAGUCCUCAAGGCCCUGUGUGCAUGGCUGUGCCCAGUGAGGUCCAAACCUGGACUGCUCUGCCCCCUCCACCCACCUCAGCAUCAGUCUGGAUGAACAAUUACCUAGAGAUCAUCUUUCUGGGGCUUAAGCGUGGGUGGGAGCAGAUGGGAUGUGAGCUGGGGAUUUGGGGAUGGGGAAAGGUAUCUGCUCCCCCUUCCCCCACAUCCUGGCCUUUUAAAAGGCCCUCUCAGGUGUGGGGGCCCUGUCACAGGCCAGGAGGAAAGUGUGGGAGACACAUGAUGGAUCAGGAAGAAGAAAAGAGCCAGGGGGUCUCAGAUGUUCUGGACAAGGCAGGUUCACCGGACCAAGAAGGCUUCUUCAACCUGCUGAGCCACGUGCAGGGCGAUCGGAUGGAGGAGCAGCGCUGUUCCUUGCAGGCUGGUCCAGGCCAGACCCCAGAAAGCCAGGGUGUCCCUGCUCCUGAGAUGGACAAUCUCAUGGAUAUGCUGGCUGACACCCAGGGUCGCCGCAUGGAUGACCAGCGUGUAACCAUCAAUUCCCUGCCUGGCUUUCAACCUAUUGGUCCCAAGGAUGGAAUGCAGAAACGACCUGGGACCCUCAGCCCUCAACCCCUGCUCACCCCUCAGGACCCUGCUGCACUCAGCUUCCGCAGGAACAGCAGCCCCCAACCCCAGACACAAGCUCCUUGAGAGUUCUAACCAUCCUGGGCCCCCCACCGGCCCCUGAAAACAACAAUAAAACGCUUGGCACUAGUAA